CCGGGACCGUAGCGCCGGCCGCCUAGGUAACGCGCGGGCCGCGUGGGAACCGUCGCCGCCGCCGCUGUUGUCGCCAUGAAGAUCGAGGAGGUGAAGAGCACGUCGAAGACGCAGCGCAUCGCGGCGCACAGCCAUGUCAAGGGGCUCGGCCUGGACGACAGCGGCGCCGCCAAGCCCGCGGGCGCCGGGCUCGUGGGGCAGGAGAACGCGCGCGAGGCCUGCGGCGUGAUAGUGGAAUUGAUCAAAAGCAAGAAGAUGGCUGGCAGAGCCGUGCUGUUGGCAGGACCGCCCGGCACCGGCAAGACUGCUUUGGCGCUGGCUAUUGCUCAAGAAUUGGGAAGUAAGGUUCCCUUUUGUCCUAUGGUUGGAAGCGAGGUCUACUCAACUGAGAUAAAAAAGACAGAAGUCCUGAUGGAAAACUUCAGAAGGGCGAUUGGGCUGAGAAUUAAAGAAACCAAGGAGGUUUAUGAAGGUGAAGUCACAGAGUUAACUCCGUGUGAGACUGAAAAUCCUAUGGGAGGAUAUGGGAAAACGAUUAGCCAUGUAAUUAUAGGACUCAAAACAGCUAAAGGAACCAAGCAAUUAAAGCUGGACCCCAGUAUCUUUGAAAGUUUGCAGAAGGAGAGAGUGGAAGCAGGGGAUGUGAUUUACAUUGAAGCAAACAGUGGAGCUGUCAAGAGGCAAGGCAGGUGUGAUACUUAUGCCACAGAAUUUGACCUUGAAGCUGAGGAGUACGUCCCCUUGCCAAAGGGUGAUGUCCACAAGAAAAAAGAAAUUAUUCAGGAUGUCACCCUGCAUGACCUGGAUGUGGCCAAUGCUAGACCUCAGGGUGGGCAGGACAUCCUUUCCAUGAUGGGACAGUUGAUGAAACCCAAGAAAACAGAAAUCACAGACAAGCUUCGAGGGGAGAUCAACAAGGUGGUGAAUAAAUACAUUGAUCAAGGCAUUGCAGAGCUGGUUCCAGGUGUGCUCUUUGUAGAUGAGGUUCACAUGCUGGAUAUUGAAUGUUUCACAUAUCUGCAUCGAGCACUGGAAUCAUCUAUCUCACCCAUCGUCAUCUUUGCUUCCAACCGAGGGAACUGCAUUAUCAGAGGCACAGAGGAUGUAGUUUCCCCUCAUGGAAUACCACUGGACCUUCUCGACAGGGUAAUGAUUAUUCGAACCAUGCUGUACACGCCACAGGAAAUGAAACAGAUCAUAAAACUUCGUGCCCAGACAGAGGGAAUUAAUAUUAGUGAGGAAGCCCUAAACCAUCUAGGAGAAAUUGGUACCAAGACAACCUUAAGGUAUGCUGUGCAGUUACUGACCCCAGCUAACCUGCUCGCCAAGAUUAAUGGGAAAGACAGCAUUGAGAAGGAGCACAUCGAAGAAAUAAAUGAACUUUUCUAUGAUGCCAAAUCCUCCGCAAAAAUCCUGGCUGAUCAACAAGAAAAGUAUAUGAAGUGAAGUAGCUUGUUGCAUGGCUUUUAACCCUUUCCAAGAGUUUGGUUAAUUAUUUCAAAGAAAAUGUUCAUGGUUAAUCUCUAUUGGAACAGAAAAUAAUUGAAAUACAAGUGAAAAUAUUUCAUCAAGACAGUUGGCUGUUCAGUAUUCAUCCUGUGCUGGCAAGCAAUAAAAUCCUUCCUGAUGCCUACAAUGUCUUGGUCUCCCUCAUAUUAUGAGUAUAAAAGAAAUAGAUAUACAUGCCCAUUGUUUUGUUUGUCCUUUAGAUUUGGUUACAAAAGUACUCUUGACAGAAGCUGAUGCUUGAUAACUUUAUUUUCUUUAUGAACUUUUGUUUUAAAAUAGUGUGGA